AACGAUAACACUCAUCUUCAUUUAUUUUUACCAAAUAGGUCUUAUUGUUCGUGGCACACAUCGAAUAAGAUUUGACGAAUUGUAUUUAAUUGAGAAUGAAGAUAGAAAGAUUGCUCAAACAAUGCGACGACCAAUCAUCCCAGUAUUUCUACCAUCUAAUAAACAAAGUUUAACAGACCAUAUCAAUGGAUGGAGUGGGAUCAGAAAAUCUUUACCAAGUAAUAUUCACUUACUAAGUUUAUCAUCAUGGCCAGUGAAUGUUGUUCACAGACCAGACACUAAAAAACAAAUUCUUGUAAGAUUUGAAAAUUUACACACUUUGGAUAGUUCCAAAAAUACACACAUAGAUGUCAAGCAUUUGUUCACUGGUAUCACAGUAACCGAUGUAACAGAGAUGACACUAACAGCUGAUCAAUUGAAAGAAGAUGCUGUUUCACGAAGGCUUCAUUGGCCAACGGAACCGGAAUUUCACUCUUUUACGGAAGGUUAUGAAAUGAAUGCUUCGAGUAUUAUUUUGAAAAUUCCCACCAAAAAAAUAAACACAUACAUAU